AUGGAGGAUACUAGUAUGCCUUCCCCGUGCCAGUCCAUGUUAUGGGAGUUGGUGACUGAAGAGGAGUGGGAAUUGCCACACCAUAAUCGCCACUUGCGCGAUGCUGAAGAAAGCCCCGAGAAGCAAGCUCUCAAGAGAACCGCCCAAGAGACUAACGAUGUUGUCUCGAGUCUACUAAAGCACCUUCACACGAAAUCUCACGCAAGCAGCUCCACGAAAUUUUCAUCGAAAUCCAUGAGAUUCCUGAAAUCAAACAAUUGCCCAGCCUUUGAAUUUCCCGCAACGAUCAAAGUUGUCAAUGAAGAUACCCUCAACGUCGCCGUCAAUUUGGUUUCUUCCGCAGCGGCUCUACCUGUGUGUCGAGGCCACCCGAAUCCACGUCCGAUGAUAAUCAAUUUUGCCAGCCACCGGAAGCCAGGUGGCGGUUGGCUGAAUGGUGCGAUGGCACAAGAAGAAUCAAUCUGCUACCGAAGCUCCUUGGCACUAAGCCUUCACGCCAGCCAUUACCCGCUCGCUCUCGAUGAGUUGAUCUACAGCCCAUACGUUCUGGUUAUGCGCAGUGAUUUGAAAUCCGGACACAAUCUACUAAGUCCACGCAAGGCACCAGAAGAUCUUCCCGUUGUCAGUGCUGUCACUGUAGCUGCUCUUUUCCGACCUGCGCUUCGGACAGCGGGGGUAGAAAACUUCCAAAAAUGGCAACGUGGCCACAACACACGCUCACAUUACACCGUGGACCGCAGCACAUCCUCUCCACCAGAUUCCCCUUGGCCUACCGAUCAAGUCUUUGGGCGCGAGAGGGACCGAGACCUUACGAAGAUCAAAAUGAAGUUUGCACUUCGUAUCGCAGCGAUGAACAAUCACGUGACACUAGUCCUCGGGGCCAUGGGUUGUGGGGUCUAUGGAAACCCUCCCAAUGAGAUUGCAAAGUGCUGGCUUGAGGUACUCCAAGACAAAGAGUUUUAUGGGAACUGGUGGCAUGAGGUGUACUUUGCCGUUUAUGACCCAAUGAGCAAUGGCAACUUUGCAACCUUUAAGCAAGUUUUGGAUGGGCAAAAAGUUUAA